AUGCCUUCCCGCGCCGAAGACUAUGAGGUGCUGUCCACCAUUGGCACCGGCUCCUACGGCCGAUGCCACAAGAUCCGGAGGAGGAGCGACGGAAAGAUAUUAGUUUGGAAAGAACUUGAUUAUGGCUCCAUGACAGAGGCUGAGAAACAAAUGCUUGUUUCUGAAGUGAAUUUGCUUCGAGAACUGAAACAUCCAAACAUUGUCCGCUACUAUGAUCGAAUUAUUGACCGGACAAACACAACGCUAUAUAUUGUGAUGGAAUAUUGUGAAGGAGGGGACCUAGCUAGUGUAAUUACAAAGGGAACUAAAGAAAGACAAUACUUAGAUGAAGGGUUUAUUCUCCGAGUGAUGACUCAGUUGACUCUGGCCCUGAAGGAGUGUCAUAGGCGAAGUGAUGGAGGCCAUACCGUUCUGCAUCGGGACCUGAAACCAGCCAAUGUUUUCCUGGAUGGCAAACAAAAUGUCAAGCUUGGAGACUUUGGACUAGCUAGAAUAUUAAAUCACGAUACGAGCUUUGCAAAAACAUUUGUUGGUACACCGUAUUACAUGUCUCCAGAACAAAUCAAUCGUAUGUCCUACAAUGAGAAAUCAGAUAUCUGGUCACUGGGUUGUUUGCUGUAUGAAUUGUGUGCACUAAUGCCUCCAUUUACAGCUUUUAACCAAAAAGAACUGGCUGUGAAGAUCAGAGAAGGCAAAUUCAGGCGAAUCCCAUAUCGUUACUCUGAUGAGUUGAAUGACAUUAUUACGAGGAUGCUGAAUUUAAAGGAUUACCAUCGACCUUCUGUUGAAGAAAUUCUUGAAAACCCUUUGAUAGCAGAUUUGGUUGCAGAAGAGCAAAGAAAAAACUCUGAGAGAAGAGUGAGGCGAUCAGGAGAGUCUGAAAAGUUGCAGGAUUCCAGCCCUGUUAUGAGUGAGCUGAAACUGAAGGAGCUGCAGUUACAGGAACGAGAACGCGCCCUCAAAGCAAGAGAAGAAAGAUUGGAGCAGAAGGAACGUGAGCUGUGCAUUCGUGAGAGACUUGCAGAGGAUAAACUGGCAAGAGCGGAAAGUCUGUUGAAGAAUUACAGCCUGCUGAAGGAGCAGAAACUCUUGUCUCUGGCAAGUCAUUCAGAUUUUGACCUUCAAUCCUCAGUGAUUAAGAAGAAAGUUCAUUUCAGUGGGGGAAGCAAAGAGAAUGCCCUGAGUGAGAAUUCAGAGAGCUUGCUGACCUCCAAAUCCAAGUGCAGAGACCUGAAGAAGAGGCUGCAUGCAGCUCAGCUGCGCGCUCAAGCCCUGUCAGAUAUUGAGAAAAACUAUCACUUCAAAAGCAGACAGAUCUUGGGUAUGCGCUAG